AUGUCAUUCCAGUAUGAACCACUCGACCCGUCGCGUCGUGAGAUUCGACUCUUAACUUUGCUACCGUCUUGGGACGGCAAGAUCAAUGGGCGAUUACAUGUUGUUUCUCUCGACCUCGAGCAGCAGCCAGAGUUCCUUGCACUCUCGUAUGUAUGGGGCCACGAAGAUGAGCCCGAACCGAUCACCAUCAAUGGUGCGGGCUUCAAGGUGAAAAAGAACUUAAAGGCCGCGUUGCUUCGACUGCAAAAAUCCGAACCACAAUUGAUAUGGAUUGAUGCUAUAUGCAUUGAUCAGGGAAAUGAUCCUGAAAGCAUCCGAGAGAAAAACUUUCAGAUCCCAUUGAUGCGGGAUAUCUACACGCAAGCGUCACGGGUUAUCGCCUGGCUUGGUGAGGGGAACGACAAGAUUGAAGCUCUAUUCCGAUGGGUUCACCACGCGCGCCCCGAGGCGAACAAGCAGAUCAAGUUCGAGUCCAUCUCACCUGAGGUCGCCCCUCCAUUAUCCUCGGAUCGCACUCGAACUUCAUGCCAAGAUGCAGAGACCAGCAUCGAGGAGCAACGAAAGCUAGACAUUGACGACAAGAACAUAUCCAAAAGAGAUCUCACCAGCAAUAAAGAUUCACGUAUAGAUGACCUAUCCCGUCUCACAGAAGGCGGGAAGGCGUAUCUUGGAUUCCUAGACUUCCUCCUGUUGCCAUAUUGGCAGCGAAUGUGGACUUUUCAAGAGAUCUCGCUGCCAAAGAGCGAUCCUAUUUGUGUCUACGGUACCCAUACGGCCAAUCUCUCUGUAUUUCUUGACACAAGCAAAGAUAGUCCAGUGCCAUACAAAUACCGACGUCAUAUACCCAAAGCUGAACUGGUAGAUCUGGAACCUGCCAGAUAUGGUGUGAGUGAAACUGAAUCCAUAAGAUUCACUCUGACAGCAGGGAAAAUUAGGGUCAUUCUCGACGGCAUUCUGAUAGCACGCCAUAAAAAUAUGCGUGGUGAUGGCGGUCUAGAAUUGCCGGCGUUGAUCAAGGCCACGAUCGGACGCAAGUGUCAUGAUCCUCGAGAUCGAAUAUACGCAUUAUUAGGGCUCGAUUCGAGGCGAAGUCUUUUCCAUUGUAAUGUCGACUAUGGUAAAGACAUCUUGGUUGAGGAAGUUUUGACCCAGGCAGGCAUUUCGAGUGUGGAAUUUGAAGAUCCUGAAGGAGCCUGGUUGUUUCAUUUUUUUGGUAUGAGGCCAACCCGGUUCUCUGACAAUUUGUCAUUGCCAUCCUGGAUCCCGGAUUUCGACUCACAUUGCCCUAUCUCGAGUUUGAUCAAACCGGCGGCAAAAAGCCUGCUACAAAGGUCAGCUCACGACGACACCAUGCCUGCCACACACCAACGCGACUGCGUCGUGGUGGUGGGGCAGCCUGGCGUUGGUGUCGUGGUCGCUGGAGAGCCAAAGCACAGCACGAUCCCAGCGAGCCUCCAUCAACUUGCGACAUUCAAUUCUUCUUUGGAACAGAAAAGUUCCGGUGCCGAUGCUCUCGGACCAGAUGGUUCAGAAGAAUGGCAGACUAUGAAGCUUCCGGCUUCCAAGUCCAACGGGCCAUAUGGGAAAGGUGAAGAGUGUGAGUAUGUAGAUGCACACGUCAAAAAGGAUCCUACCCGGCCGCGUCUGCGAUACCUGUCAGGUAACCUGCCCUCGUUGCGCAUGACUGCUCGCAAGCUUGGCCAGUGCCAGUCUCCGCGGAGCUUCGCGGAGGAUUACUAUUACAAUGCUGAGCACGUCAUGGAAAUGAUCCACACGCAGAAAAACCCUAGAUCAUGGAACCUACUGCUGGAGACGAUGGACGCAGUGCCUGCAUUAAAUUCAUCCGCCAGAAUACCCAGAGACAUAUUUGCCGGGCUGCAAACGGAAGCGGCUUUCGAAUUUGCGAAAGGCGAAAUUGAAAGAGGGUUUCAAGACACAACUGCUUUCUUGAAAGGUUUGUUCGAGUCUAUACAGGACAGCUGGGAUGCUCAAACACAAACAAAGGAAGAAACACUGAAAUACUACCUCAGAGUCUUUAUCGGGUUCUGCGCUUUCGGUUUGAGUGGCAGGAGUGUUUUUAAAGUGCUUUUUCAGGAAGAAAUGUAUUUCAGCUUCGUAGGUGAGCCUGUCGAGGAGGGUGAUGUUGUUAUCAUGCCUUUGGCUCCCUACUUUCACCCAAUCGUUCUUCGAGAGGAAAAACGCACUGGUGGCAUUUCUGCAGACGAUGGUGAUGAGAAACCAUUUCAUGGGACAUGUGAUGACAUAAUAUGGCACAGAAUGGUCGGGGCUGCUUUCAUACGGGACUUGUUGGAGGAGGAAUCAGAGAUGGUUGCUCAAGUGGCGAAGCUGAGAGUUGAGGACUUUUACAUUAGAUGA